AGCUCAUACCACCAAACUCCUCCUACUACUCGUAGUUGCCGCCGUCGCUACUGCGCCAUCACAAGAUGUGGCUGCUGAGGGCGGCGACGCCGUUCGCGUACGCGAAGGUGGACAAGGUGGACGCCGAGGAGGCGCGGAGCCUGAAGGCGCAGUUCCUGAUCCACAAGGUGCUGGAGGUGUCGACCCCCGCGGCGAGGUCGAGGCCGGCGGCGCUGACGAGGGUGAAGGCAAGGAUCGGCGUCCGGCUGAAGAAGCUCAGGCUCGCCAUCCGGAGCGUCAGGGCGCGCGCCUGCCGGACCGUGCGGGGGCACCUCAGGAACCUGAGGAGGCUCAUCGUGCCCCGAGGGCAUGGAUCAGGGGAGCCUGCAGGGUCCCCUUCUUGAUGCCUCUCUUUCUUCCUGAGAGAAUUUUUUUUCUCAUGUUUUUGUUAUGGUUUUGGGUGUGUGCUUGUGUGGAUCAAAGCAAUGGCUAAUAACAACUGAGCUUUGCUGCGAUAAGCUCUAGAUGUGCCUGAUUAGGUGGUGGAAUCAUAUACAGUGUGUAAUAGAACAAGUAAUGGAGUGUUCGGUUCCUGUUCAGAUUUA